CCAGAUGCUACAAUGCUGACCAGGACCAUCCUAGUUGUGCUGUUGCUGGCGCUGAUUCUGUGGCCUGACGGGUCGCAGUCAUGGCGCCGCCGGCGCCGCAGACGAUGUCCCUACCGCAACUGCCAGUGGAGCGGCUGGUCAGCAUGGUCCAGCUGUUCUAGAUCCUGCGGGCCGCACGGGACCCAGUCCAGAACAAGAUACGUUGCUGCCAGUGCUCAGUGCGGUGGACAUGGCUGUAGUGGCUCCAGCAGGGACACCCGGGCCUGUAACAGGCGGUGCUACAAUAGCGGCUAUGUAUCCGGCAGUCGCUGUGUGUGUAGAGGGGGAUACACCGGGUCCUGCUGCCAGACUGACAUCAACGAGUGCAGCAGUGGUAACGGCGGCUGUAGUCACACUUGUUACAACACACAUGGCAGCUUCUACUGCAGAUGUAGGACCGGAUAUCAACUCUCAGGCUCAAGGGCAUGCUUGGACAUCAACGAGUGCAGCAGCAGCAACGGCGGCUGUAACCAAAUCUGCACCAACACUGCAGGGAGUUUCAGCUGUUCCUGUAGGCCUGGUUACCGUCUUUCAGGCUCCAGGACUUGCGUGGACAUCAACGAGUGCAGUACCAAUAACGGCGGUUGUAGCGAGACCUGCACUAAUAUCGUGGGCGGUCACUACUGCUCCUGUCAACCGGGGUAUCGCCUAACGGGGUCUGGUGCGUGCGUGGAGUUUACAACUCAAGCGGUGGACCUCGUCUUCCUGAUCGCCCGUCCUCGCUCCUCCGUCAGCAACGCCGACGUCAAGACGUUCCUGAAAAGCGUCGUGGCCGCGCUCAACGUCAGCCAGACGGCCGCCCGGGUAGCCGUCAUCGAGUACACGUCAGUCAUGCACAGCCACUUUGAUCUGCCGACGCACCUGACCAAUGCACAGGUGACCUCGGCUAUCAACAGCAUCCCGGCCUGGGGAACCACCAGCUACAGGAAGACGGGUAGCGCCAUUAAGUACCUCACCGACUACCUGUCCUGGAGGGACGGCAUUCCCAAGGUCCUCGUGGUCAUCACGGACGCAACAUCGAACGACUACGUAUCCGGUCCUGCUCAAAGCGCCAAGAACGCGGGUCUCAUCCUGGCCUCGGUGGGCGUGGGCACCAGCAUCAGCAGUACCGAACUGAACACCAUCGCCACCAACAGUUCCUACCGCUACGCCGUCAGCUCCUACACCGACAUCGUGGGGCUCAUGGGCGUACGGGACCAGCUACACAGCAGGAUGGACGCUUUUGGAACCACGGUCGCCCUUGAAGUGACCUGCAACUCGGGUUCGAUUUCCGUGAAGAUGGAGAAGAGCUCGCUGACGUCAUUCCAGAUCCGGUCUGCGGCGGAUCUACAUCUCCGGCAGCCCACCUGUGUCGCAAGGAACGACGGGAACUACUUCACCUUCAACAUCGCGAGUCUGUCGGCUUGUGGUACGGAGAAAGAACAAGACGGAGACCACUUCGUCUUUUCCAACACCAUCAACAGCAAGAUCCCUUCCGGUGUGGACGUCUGGCGAGGCAAGCUGCUGACCGUGAACGUCACGUGUCGCUACCCGGUGGAUCUCAGCGUCAGCCUGACGGGCGGCAUCAACCCGGUCGUGACCACAGAGACGUUCACGGUGGAGGGUAGCGGGGAGUUCCGAGUGACCAUGGGGCUGUUCCAGGGUCCCACCUUCGGCACUGCGUACUCCACAACCCCGUCCAUCACGCUGGAGGAUAACCUGUACGUGGGGCUGAACCUGCAGGGCGUGAGUCACUCCGAGCUGGUCCUCAGGCUCAGGAACUGUUGGGCUACCCCGACCAACAACGCGGAGGACCCGACACAGUACCCCAUAACUACAGACGGGUGUCCGAACACUGAGGACGGAACCAUCUACAUCAUAGAGAACGCCCAGUCGAAACAGGCCCGAUUCCGUGUGCAGAUGUUCCGGUUCGCCAGCCACCCCCGCGUGUACCUGCACUGCACCAUCAGCGUGUGUGACCAGGUCAACCCUGGAGCCUGCGCGCCGACCUGUGCGACCCACAGCGGCCGGCGCUGGCUUCCGUCCGUCCAGCCCGAGCAGGCGGCGGGGAGAGAGCGGAGGGCGGCCGAGGACACGACAGUCACCAUUUCGUCGGGACCUAUUCUACAGGAAGGCGAGGACGAUGACGAUGAACCGUCUCCAGUUGUCCUUGCCCUUGGCGGCAUCUUGGGCACCGUCUGUGUCGCCACCCUGGCCGUCAUCGGGGUCAAACUCGCGGGGAAGGUAGCUGCGAAGCCAGCCGUGACCCCAGCGGCAGUCAGCAGCCCGGGAGGAGGACAGCCGAGCAGCGGACCAUCCGGGGACGAGCCGCCGCCAUACUCCGCCUCUGCAGCUGACGGCUUCGCUUCGGCCAACUUGAAGUAUAAUGUCGUCACGUCCAAGUUGGGCGUUGGGGACAAUGGUUUCUCCAGCUUGCCGACUGUGAAAAUUUAACUCACAAAGCAUCUGUAAUAACAGUGUUUGUAAACCCACAAAUCAUCCGAAUGGAGGCCUGGAGAGCCCUCUUCUCGUAUCAGCAACAUGGUGAUUUCCAUCAUUCACCCGGAGACCUGUCUCGUCCUUGUCUUGUAUAAUCUGCAAGUAGAUCCUGCGGUAGCAUAAGAUAGUAUCAAAAGCUAGCAGAGGAGUGAAGCCGGCCUAGGAGUGUGUUUGGCUACCUACAUGGCAAAUGUAUACCUCUUGGCUGACUACACUCCUUGGCCAGUUUGGUGCUAUCCUAUGCCAUCGUAGGAUCUGCUUGGAGACUAGUCAUGUACUCAUCUAACGAAAGAGUAUGUCACCCGUAAGGGGCGGUAAAACCCCAUCGUGCGUAAGCACCUCGACUGAUGAUUAUGGCAGUGUUUGUUAUUAGUGGUAUUGUGAUGUGUGAUGACGUGCUGUGUAAAUUUACAACGAAAUAGUCGUCUUUGUCAAGAAGUCAUGACUUCACGGAUUUACUUUCUGUGAUUUAGUUUUAUUUAGUGUUUAUUCAUAUUGUAACCAGUCUUGAGACAUCUCAAAAGACGUUAGUGGAAACUUAAGAUACAAGAGCAAGGAUUUUACAAGACCUAAGUGACAAGAAGUUACUUGUCAAUGAAUGAGUCAUAGCAUUGAGUCGCUCUUUUUUUAUUUGAUUUAUUAGGUUAUAUAAAGACACACGGUCAUGGCUACCCAACUAGACUAUUAUAAAGGGCUAGCACUGGUUACUGCCCAAUACUAUAGCUUGGCAGCUUGACGUAGGUUGUACAAACAAUGCAAAGCGAGGAUUUUAGACACUGAGGCGGCCUGGGUUACCGACCUAACAAGUGUAGUAUUUGUUAUAAAAAGCAACGUAACAAACUUCGAUCUAAAAUCAGUGUCGCAUAGUUACUAAGCUAUGUACAUUAUCAAGGUUAUUUAGUACGUAGAAAGUAAUUGUCAUCACGUGUUUGUUGAGCGCUGUCCAGAGUAUUUGAAAGCUGUCCGGAGCACAGACAUUUUGUCAUCAAGCGUUUAUAAUUAGGUAACAUUACAAACCAGUUGGUAAGCAGAGAUUUCAUGUACUUGCCAAAGGGUAUUGUUCUCCUGUACAUAUUACAGAUAUUUUAUGUCCUUGUGUCUGCAAUGUCUUUGUUGUGUUGUUAAAUCUGUUUUCAUGCUUGUCAUAGUUUGAUCCUUACAGACAUUUAUUCUUAAGGUUGCAUAAAACAAAAUGAGGGCAAAUGCUUAAAAGUAGCUCCGCAACACAUCUCCUAGCUAUAUACCUCGACGUGGAGAUAAGUUUUACAGACAUAAAAACAUCACAUAUGAACAGUUAAUGUAAUAAGAAUUUACCUUACACGCGUCAUAUCAUACAACAAAUAUUGCAAAAUCAAGUUUGAAGCUAUCA